AUGGUAUGCAGUAUUUCCGCCGUCUAUAGAUUUACUUUCCAGAAGGAUGCAGGCAGGAAAGUGAGACACAAGCCUAUUGAUGAGAAUGAAUGUUUGGGUUUGGAAACAUUAGGGAAUCAGUUUAUAAACAGGCCUCUUUGUUCUUUUCUAGUAGGCUAUGGAUGGGAGGACGUGCUUGGUCAUUUUGGAAUUCUAAGGCUCAGCAAAGUUGAUGCUGGAAAUAUCAUCCGCCUCCUGGUUCCUGACAUUGGAAUGCUUUUCAUUGGCUUCAUGGUUAUAAGGCUUUGUAAAAAACAGGUGAAACCUCAUCUUCCCAAAAUGCGGCUUCAUUCUGAAGACCAGGAGCAGGAUGAGGACGAGGACGAUGAUGAUGAGGAGGAGAUGGACUAUGAAACAGAAACAGGGGACAGUGACGAGGAAGAGACCGACUGUUUAUCUGAAGAGGAUUUGGGAAAAGAAGGUGACCGAAAACCAGAUUUCAUUCAGAAAGUCACUGCGUUCCUAGCAGGCUUGAAAAUCAUAUUUGAAGCCAUCCUGACAAGUGCUGGAAAGGUGGUAGCAACUCUUCUAUUAGGCUUAGCAGGUAUAAUUUUGCCUUCUGUGACUUCUGCAAUCUACUUUUUCACCUUCCUGGGCCUGUGCUCCUGGUGGGCUUGUCAUCGUCCCAUUACCGUGGUCACCUUCAGCAGUUUGUGUGUGAUGAUGGCUAUCUUCAGUGCAGGUCACCUUGCUGCCCUUUACCUGUACCAGUUGCCAUACUUUCAGGACCUGGUUCCUCCUGAUGACAUUUAUGCCAGGCUCCUGGGGAUGGUGGCGCUCAUCAAGACAAACAGCACAGAAACCUGGAAGCUGCAGAUUCAUUCUGGAUUAAGCUGGCCUGUGUUUUUAAAUCCUCUUUUGCUGCUUGUAUUAUAUUAUUCACUGGUCAUGUUGCUUCAGCAGUGGGCUCUGAGUCCUAAGGAAUGUAAAGAGGGCAUCCAGUCGCCACUGGAAAAGCAGAGUAAGUUGGAGCUGGACACCAUGCUCUGGAUGGCAAAGAAUGAGAAGAAAAAGGUGGCUUAUUUUUCAAAUGGAAGCUGGCAGGACACGCCCCUUUUACAGUGUGAACAUGGCAGGAGCCUCACAGCCAGUGCUGACCCCAGUGAAGGACACAGCACUCCUGUAUCAGACGAUAGCACCUGCCCUGAAAACGCAGACGCUGAUGGGGAUGGCACUAGCAGUAUGGCAGUACUGGGGCAGUUCAUUAUGAAUCAAAGUUAUGUCAGUGCACUGAUUGCCAUGAUGGUUUGGAGCAUCACCCACAACAGCUGGCUGACUUUUGUUCUGCUGAUUUGGUCUUGUAUCAUUUGGAUGGUUCGUGACCGGCGUCGUUAUGCCAUGCGUAGCUCUCCGUUCCUUGCCAUCUAUGGGAAUAUCCUGGUGAUCCUCAAUUUCUUUGUAGGCUUCAAUAUUUCACAAGAAGAACUGUUUCCUGAAAUUCCAACCUCCGUGCUCACUGACUUUGAUUUAAAACCAUACUCUUUGCCAUGUGUGCACCUUGGUGUUAAGAUCUUUUAUGCAUUCACAUUCUGGCUAUUGCUAAGGCAGCAUAUGAUCAAAAGACAUAUGGAGCAGAAGCAAGAAACUCUCACAGAAGUGACAGUGGAUGCGAACGAAAGGGAAAUCCCGCACAAUCCUCUGCUGGAAAUCUUUGGCUCUCUGAUUAAAGGAAUGCUGGUUAAAUACUGGAUCUAUUUCUGCGCUGCCAUGUUUUUCAUUGUCAGUUUCAAUGGCAAAGUAGUGAUCUACAAAAUACUGUACAUUGUGCUCUUUCUGUUCUGUGUAGCUUUAUAUCAGGUUCACUAUGAGUGGUGGAGACGAAUUCUGAAGUAUUUUUGGCUCACUGUUGUCUCUUAUUCAAUGGUGGUCCUCAUUGCUGUGUAUGCCUACCAGUUUAAAACCAUUUCUGGGUUCUUGCUCCUGACUUUGGGACUGUCAGAGGAGGGGUUAAAAGACCUGGGUCUUGACCAGUAUGACACGGUAGAACUGUUUGCUAAGAUUCUGCUUCCUUCCACUUUUCUCCUGGCCUGCAUCCUUCAGCUUCGUUACUUUAGUGAGGAUUUUCUGAAGAUCACUGACCUGAGUAAUAUUCCCAUCAAGCAUGAAUGUACUUCUGGCAGUAAAAAGAAAACGGAAACUCAGGUGUAUCUCCUGGCCGACAUGCUUAAAGAAAAUAUUUGGAAACUGCAAAACAGGCUGGCAGCCAAUGAACUGCAUGGUGAAAAUCAAACCACCUCGGACAAGAUAGAGAAUACAACAGUGUAUGAAACCAUGGGAGCGGCUCAGCAGGAGAAAUCAGUGGGAGAGCCUAAUAAAUGGUGCCUGGUCAUCGACAAGUUGACUUCUCUUCUCCUGCAGCUUUUGGAAAAGUUUCAUAAAACUCAGGUGUUAGCCUGGAGAGUCCUAGAGCUGCACAUCCUUAAAAUUGUCUCCACUUGGGUCAUCUGGAUCACUCUCCAGGAGGUAUCUUUGAUGAAUUACCCUUUCUUCGUCCUUUGGGUGUUUGCCCUGCCCUAUCCCAAGCUCCGCCCUCAUGCAUCAAAGAUCUGCACAGUUUGGUCCUGUGUGAUGGUUAUCUGUAAAAUGAUGUACCAGCUGAAAUUCGUCAGGCCGCAUGACUACUCCUCAAACUGUAUGCAGGUGAGCACUCUAGAGCACUCAGGUCCUGAUUCUCUGUUGCAGAAAUCAGUGUUGUACGUCGCUCCUGUUGAUCCCGCCGAUUGGUGUGGAGGGUUACGGAAGUGCGGUGACAAUGUUUUACCCUGCCUGAAGAACCAUCUCACCAUCUUGGCAUUAAUGGUGAUAGAAGUGACUGUGUAUCACCACCAGCUCUUUUACCGGACUCAAAACCAGCUGAUGCCACCUGUUACAGGGAUCAUUUCUGAUACCAUCACCCGAGAGCACCUGGAUGAUGGGUUACUCAGCUGCAUCAAAUACUUUAUCAACUAUAGUUUCUACAAGUUUGGACUAGAGGUGUGUCUCAUCAUGGCCGUGAAUGUCAUUAAGCAGCGUAUGGAUUUCUAUGCCCUUCUCCACGGCUGCUGGCUGAUCUACCUGCUGCACCGCCGCCGAAGGAAAGCAGUGGCUGAGGUCUGGCUGAGAUACUGCUCUUUCCUUGCCAGUGUCAUGACCUUUCAGUAUUUGCUAUGCAUUGGCCUCCCUCCUGCUUUCUGCAAAGAUUAUCCGUGGAGAACCUCUCGCUGGACAAUCCAUUCCAAUCUGAUUAAGUGGCUCUAUCUGCCUGAUUUUGCCAAGAAACCUGAUGCCAGUUUUCUCCUGUAUGACUUCCUGCUUCUGCUUUUUGCCUCCCUGCAAUGGCAGGUAUUCAAAGAUGAGAAUAAGGCUUGUGUGCGAAUAGAGGCAGGAGAUAAUGUGGAGAUCAGCCGUGAAUUAGACCCAGCUGCUCUCAGCCAGUACAGCCCUGUGCCAAACUUUAUCCACUGCAGGUCCUAUUUGGAUAUGGCUAAAGUGGUUGUGUUCGGCUAUCACUUCUGGUUUGUGCUCUGCCUGAUUUUUAUCACUGGGACAACUCGAAUCAACAUAUUCUGUCUGGGCUAUCUGAUGGCCUGUUUCUACUUUAUGAUCUUUGGAAGCAGUCUCCUUCUAAAGCCGGUCAAGAAUAUUCUCAGAUUGUGGGACUAUUUGAUUGCGUACACUGCCUUAGUUAUAGUGAUGAAGAAUCUUCUGGCUAUUGGAGCGUGUGCCUAUCUUGAUAAGUUACUGAGAAACCAUUGCUGGCUAAUACAGACCUUUGGCAUGUUCUGUACUAUACCGGGGUAUGACUUGGGUAAAGAAGAUGAGAAAUGCGAGCUGCCUGAAAAUGAAGCCGGGAUUGUUUGGGACGCGAUAAGUUUCACUUUCUUGCUGGUCCAGCGGAGAGUCUUUAUGAGCUAUUACUUCCUCUACGUAGUGGCAGAUCUGAAGGCUGCCAAGAUCUUAGCUUCCAGAGGAGCUGAACUGUUCGAAGUGAAGCUGAAAAAAGUUGUGGCGCUCAGAUUGGAGGAAGAGAAAAAAUCAUUGCAAGCCAUGAGAAGACAAAUGGAACUAAUCAAAUUGAAGCAGGAGAAACUUGACAGUUUGAAGCAAAAGACACCAAGCCCAGAAGAAACAGCUGUGGAUCAAUCUGCCAAAGAGCAGCAGCUGCUAGAUCCAGGUAGCUCUGAAAAAGCUCAGCCACAUCUCUUUCUGGAACUGAUUUUAGUGAUUCGAGCUGGGAGCUACUACCUCUUUGAGACAGACAGUGAGGAAGAAGAGGAACAAGGGCACACAGAAAAGAGGGAGGAAGAAUCACCAAAGAAGAAAACAGCAUUCCAGCUUGUGUAUGAAGCCUGGAUGUCUAGCUCUAAAUCAGCUCUGAGAACAAGAAAACAAGAUGAAACCAGAGAGCAGAGGAAGAAAGAGGAGGAGGAGCAACAGCGACUGGCAGGGGAGGUAAAGUUGGAAUUCCAUGAAGAGAAAGGGGAGAUAUCAAUCACUGAAGAGAACCUAGAUGAGUCAGAAAGUAUAAUUGAAAGAAUAAUCAACACAAUCAAGUUUACUUGGGUUUUUGUUCAAGCAUUGCUAGAUGAUACUACAGAAGCACUAAACUCACUCUGUAAAAAUAACCUGGACAUAGCAAACGUACUGAGAAUUGAAAGGUACAUGCUAUGGCGAGAAAUUAAUAAGGGAAAAGAAGCCUCACCAGACACAAUUCUCCAAUAUUACAACCUGAAGAAGAGUCAGCAAAUGCAAGCAAGUCUUUAUGGGGGAAAUAAAAUGAAAGGCACACAGGAGGAUCAGCAUGAAGACACAUUAGAGUGCCAGCAGAUACCCACGAGGGGAACCCAGCUACCGCACGAGAGCAGUGCAUCCAGGACAUCUGAUGAAGUUGCUGAGGAAAUUAAUGGAGAUGAGGCCGGAGAGAAGAUGGAAGAUGAAGACCGUGUCAAAGAAGCUGCCCCAGAAAUGACCACUCCACUUCCUUCCAGUGAAACAAAAGAUGAUGCUGUUUCCCCAUCAGCUGAGAGGAACAAAGAAGCAGGCAGGCCAUUAAAGGAAGUUCCUGUUAUCAUGACUGCCAGUGAGCUCCUUCUGAACAGGAUGUUUCAUGACAAUGAACUGGAGCAGUCAGACAAGUUUUACCAGAGUCUGCCUCGAUCCCUGAAGUUGGGCUUUGCUUUGUACAAUGCGAUGGUAUCCAAGUCAGAAAUGCUCUGUUAUUUUGUGAUCAUUCUCAACCACAUGGUCUCUGCUUCAGUCCUCACUUUGGUUCUGCCUAUCCUUAUAUUUCUGUGGGCCAUGUUAUCCAUUCCAAGGCCUACUAAAUUCUUCUGGAUGAUGGCUAUCGUUUAUACAGAGAUAACAGUAGUUGUCAAAUAUUUUGCUCAGUUUGGAUUCUUUCCCUGGACCACUAAGUUAUACUGCGGCAUCAAUGCAGAAGAGCCAUUUGUUCUGCCAAACAUUGUCGGGAUUGAGAAGAAGGAUGGCUAUGUGCAUUUUGAUCUUGUGCAGCUGCUGGCUUUGUUCUUUCACAGGUCUGUCUUGAAGUGCCAUGGACUAUGGGAUUCCAAAGGCGUCAAUGUGUCUGAUACCAAGAAAAGGAGAUGUUCUAGGAGUCCAAAGAACCAGGAGUCCAGAGGAGGUCUGCAGGAAGAUGAGCCUGGAUCGGGGGCAUGGCACCUUUUCAGACAUCACAAUCCCUCAGGGAGCGUCUUCAGAGGAAGGAAGACAGCCUCCGUUAACAGAGGCAGGACUCAGAAGAAGGAAGCCAGGAAGAAAUGGAAGCUUUUUAGAAAGAGUCCCAUCAGCAAGAAGAAACUUCUUAAGCAAAAGAUGAAACAACUGAUAUUGAAAGCAAAGAAGCUGGUGAUUAAAAUUGCCCUUCAAAUCUAUCGACCUAUCAGGCAGUUCUUCUACGACAUUAUUCAUCCGGAGUACAGCCCUGUCUGUGACGUCUAUGCACUGAUGUUCCUGGUUGACGUGAUCAAUUUUAUAAUUGUUAUCUUUGGAUACUGGGCCUUUGGCAAACACUCAGCAGCUGCUGACAUAACUGAAUCCCUGUCGGAAGACCAGGUCCCUGAAGCCUUCCUGGUGAUGCUCCUGAUUCAGUUUGGCACCAUGAUAGUGGACCGGGCCAUUUACUUGAGGAAGACUAUGUUUGGGAAGUGUGUAUUCCAGGUUGUCCUUGUCUUUGGCAUUCACUUCUGGAUGUUCUUCAUCUUGCCAGGCGUUACCGAAAGGAGAUUCAACAGAAACCAUGUGGCUCAGCUUUGGUACUUCGUCAAAUGUGUUUAUUUUGGCCUGUCUGCGUAUCAGAUCAAAUGUGGUUAUCCGAAUCGGGUCCUAGGCAACUUUCUGACAAAGAGUUACAAUUUCGUAAACCUUUUCCUAUUCCAAGGGUUUCGUAUGGUGCCUUUCCUUACCGAGCUGAGAGCUGUCAUGGACUGGGUUUGGACUGACACCACACUGAGUCUUUCCAGCUGGAUCUGUGUGGAGGAUUUAUAUGCAAAUAUUUUCAUUAUGAAAUGCCUGAGAGAGUCUGAGAAGAAAUAUCCUCAGCCUUCUGGCCAGAAGAAAAAAAUGAUUGUGAAGUAUGGAAUAGGAGGCUGCAUUGUCUUUAUAUUGGUCUGCAUCGUGUGGUUCCCACUGCUUCUUAUGUCACUGGUUAAAUCUGUGGCAGGAGUAACCAAUCAGCCCCUGGAUGUCUCAGUCAAAAUUACCAUUAGCGGUUAUGAGUCAUUAUUCACCAUGAGCGCUCAGCAGUGGAAUCUGAUCCCUUUCUCUCCAGCAGCAUAUAACGAGCUGGCUAAUCAAUAUGCCCUUCACCCGUCUGCCAUGCAGUUUAUAGUGAACUACAGCCCAGAGGACAUCGUCACUGCUAAAAUAAAGAGCAAUGCCAGCUUGCUGUGGAGCAUCAGUCCCGCCAGCCGAGAGGCCAUGAUGGACGAGCUCUCCAGCUCAACUGCUGUCUACAUCAACUUUCACUGGACAAUUCUCAGACUGCUUCCCGGCGUGGUACCAAGAUACCUCAGGGCUACUACUGGAGCAGAAGCUAGAACUGCACAUCGCUUGCAAGUUGCUCAUUCUCAGAAACCACAAGACGUAGACAAAAUGGCUUUCUUCCGAAAUAUAACCAUAAAACUACAGCAGCUGGCCCUCAACUCAUCUUCCGGCCAAGUUACCGAGUGGUGGGUUAUUCAAGAGUGGAAUCCUACCUGCUCUGGUAAUGCUUGCAGCAAGAAUAUGGAGCUUAUCAUCUACAAUGACAAAGUCAGCCCUUCCAGUCUGGGAUUCCUGGCAGGCUACGGCAUCGUUGGCCUCUAUAUGUCUGUUGUCCUCGUCAUUGGGAAGUUUAUCCGAGAGUUCUUCAAUGGCAUCUCCCGUUCAAUAAUGUUUGAAGAGCUGCCCAACGUGGACCGCAUCCUGAAACUCUGCACGGACAUCUUCCUGGUGAGGGAGAUUGGGGAGCUGGAGUUGGAGGAACAACUCUUUGCCAAACUCAUCUUUUUGUACAGAUCUCCUGAAACUAUGAUCAUGUGGACCAGAGAAUCAAAGGAACAAUGA